AUGCUGCAGGCAUCGCUGCAGUGCCGUAUUGCGUUUCUGGAAGCAAAGAAGACUCAUCCGGCUCUUUGCAGGUAUUUGAAAGGAAGGUUUCACGACUGGGCUGAUGCUGAACCUUCCCACACGCAACGAUCCGAAGAGGACUUUCUGUCCCAUUUCGGAUUCCCGAGCUUGGCAGAGGGCUUGAAAGUCAGAGACAUCGGUGCUUUGGCUUGCGCCGUGCUCUCGGACAACAUUCCGAUGAUCCAGAGGCUUGUCCAAGCCAAGGCUUGCAUGAGAACUCGUUGCAAGCCACUUAUGAACGUAGAUGUCCUGGCUUGGACGCCCUUGCACCUAGCCGUGCAACGGGGCUCUCGCGCACUCCCCGUCAUGGCAGAGCUCUUGCGAUUGAAGGCAGAUCCCAACUCAACCGAUACACUUGGCUUGCCACUGCUGGGCAUUAGUCGAGAUGCUGCCACAGUGGAGUUUUUGGUUCAGCACCAUGCCGAUGUGAACUUUCAAGCUGGAGUGUCCAAGGUGUCCCCACUUGGUCUGAGUGCAGCCAGGGUGUCAUCAGCCUCAGUUAUCAGCAAAUUACUGGAACUGCGCGCUGAUGUCAACGGCAGCGAAGCCCGCGGGGGUCUUGGACAUUCAGCGCUUGUGAACUUAAUUUGGGAAUCGAGGACUCUCCAACAAGGAGGCGUGCAAUUGGCUGCGCUGCUUGUCCGCGCAAGAGCCGAUGUCAAUGCAUCGGGGCGUGCGACAGGCCCACUUGGCUACGCAGCUCUGGGCGGGCACGCGCCCAUGGUCUCCCUUUUGCUUGCUUCCCGAGCAGAUCCCGACCUUCCCAAUUCGCGUGGCAUGACUCCAAGGCAGCUCGCAGAUGCCCAGACCCAACUCCUGUUUGAGUGCAUGGACUGCAUGGAGUGCUCUCCCGAGGGGCUGACAGAUUCCAACAUGCAACCCCUGUUUUGCGAAGACAACGCCAAUGACUGGGAUGAGCAGCGUUGCUUUUCUAUAUGA